AGUGGAAAGGGGUGAAACGCAAGUGAGGAGGUGGAGUCGUGUUCAGAUCAGGGAGGAAAACCCAGCAGAAGAGCAGGAAAAAAGAGGAAAAAACACCAGACACAACAACAUCGGGGGGAGGACGGUGGAUUAAUUGAGCCAACUGAGGCAAUUCAAAUUAAGAAAAGCGCCGCUGUGAAGAAGGGAGGACAGCAAGAUGAUAACGCCCUAUUUCCUGGAAAAUUUCUGGGGAGAUAAAAACAAUGGAUUUGAUGUACUGUACCACAACAUGAAACAUGGCCAGAUAUCCAGCAAAGAGCUGUCAGACUUCAUCAGAGAAAGAGCCACCAUAGAGGAGACGUAUUCAAGAUCAAUGACCAAACUGGCCAAGACUGCCAGCAACUGCUCUCAGCUAGGGACGUUUGCGCCAGUGUGGGAUGUGUUUAAACAGUCCACUGAGAAACUGGCUGCGUGUCACAUGGAGCUGGUCCGCAAACUGCAAGAGCUCAUCAAGGAAGUCCAGAAAUAUGUGGAGGAACAAGCCAAAAAUCAUAAGAAGACAAAGGAGGAGGUGGCGUCCACUCUGGAGGCUGUGCAGAACAUCCAGACUGUGUCACAGGCCUUACAGAAGAGCAAAGAGAACUACGUCAACAAGAUGCUAGAGCAAGAACGUAUCCGCAAAGAGGGGGCCACACAGAGAGACCUGGACAAGGCUGGAUUGAAGGUCAAGAAAGCCACUGAGUCCUACAAGUCAUAUGUGGAGAAGUAUGCCACUGCGAAAACAGAAUUUGAGCAAAGAAUGACAGAAACCGCACAAAAAUUCCAGGGCAUUGAGGAGGAACAUGUCAUGCGUAUGCAGGAGAUUAUCCAUUCGUACUCUCAGUCUGUUGAAGAGACGCACAUACAGAUCGGAGAGGUGCAACAAGAGUUUGUGAACAACAUGGAGAACACUUCUGUCGAGAGCCUCAUACAGAAACUGGCAGAAAGCAAAGGAACUGGCAAAGAGAGACCAGGGCCCAUCGAAUUUGAGGAAUGUAAUGUCUCAAUCGCCACAGAAGGUGCCAAACCCAGAAAAAGAAAAACCUUUGCCAUACCAGGCCGGCGGAGAGAUAAAGACACCGAUUCCACUGAAUCAGCUGAAGUAGAAGCAGUUAACGCUUCCAACGGAGCUCCCCCGGGUUUCUACGGUGCUAUAGAUCUUCAUAACGCCAACGUGCCUCAGCUGGACGAGGAGGGCUUCUGUAUCCGACCAGAAGUCAACGAGAAUGAUGCCAAAGAGAACUCCUUUUAUUCAUCCAGUGACUCAGAAGAUGAGGAUGAGCCAAGAAAAUUCCACGUCCAGAUCAAACCCGUGCAGACCAACAACGGCACACACCAACAAAAAGCCACCAUCGAUGAGCUGAAGGCCUCUAUUGGAAACAUCACCCUCUCGCCCACCCCUGCCGUUCAUAUGAAGAAGAACCAGUCCAGAAUGACACGACAACACACAUUCCCUUCUGUAAAUCCAAAGACAGGCGAUGAACUGACACGACACAGGAUACCACAGCCAUCCUUUAAUGAUAGAUUAUCCAGUAAUGACCUGCUGUCUUUGGAUCCGUUUGGCCCGACCAGCACCGGCUCCAGCUCGUCUCUACCCCACUCGUCAGAAGUGGAUUUACAGUCGGGGCCCACCUCUCCUUCAGCAAUCAGUCUUGAUGUUACCGAGCCUCCUGCUUUGCCUGUUCCCUCCAAACUCCCUUCUCCUGCCAGUCUCGCCAAGCCGUGCACCCCGUCAUUCCCUGUUCUCCCCUUUCCUCCCUCCACCCCUCUCCCCAACGAGGCUGUUGCCCCCCUCCGCCCUGGCCCGACUCGAGCUCUGAGCGUACCUCCAGCCCUACAAGCUCUUCCUAAGGACUACGCUACCCACAAGCCCCCUCUCAGUGCUCCCAUCGCUGGUCCAGACACACUUUCAGCCUGGGCCCAGAGCCAAUGGAUUGCCUUCAAUGAUGCUUUUGUGCCAUGUCGUGGACCAUCCCAUCAACCAGCGAGACCUCGGUCAGUGCCCGUGUCUCAACAGCCUAAGCUUUUCUUCAGAGAGACUGGUGACCCAUUUGGCAGCAUUGGGAAAGAGGAGAGCACCCCCUCUCUAAAGGAAGCACCAGCCCGAUCCAUGCAGGAUGUACCACCUCCAAACAGGCCGACUACUCCCCUGGGCACAGCAGCCAUAGUCCCUCCUCCAAGACCAUUAUCACGGCCCAAACUGCCAGCAGCCAAGCUAAUGGACAUCAAUGAGGCUGGCCGGCCAUUCAGCCCUCAUAAGCUGUCCAACUCCAGCCCUCCUCCCGCUGCUCCUCUGGCUCGUGCCGAGAGCUCCUCCUCUCUCAGCUCCAACACCUCCCUUAGCACCAGCAACACACCUACUGUCGAGGACGAUCUUUUUGUGGGGAAACUGCCCACAUUUGAGAAGAGAUGUGAAACUCCGGCAGGGAUAUCUCGUGGGCCCAGUCCAGUGACACUGGCUUCCCAGGAUGCAUUGCCCAUUGCUGUAGCAUUCACAGAGUCGGUUAAUGCGUAUUUCAAAGGAGCAGAUCCCAGCAAGUGCAUUGUGAAGAUCACAGGAGACAUGACCCUGUCCUUCCCUAGCGGCAUCAUCAAGAUUUUCACCUCUAGUCCGUCUCCUGCUGUACUCAGCUUCAAACUCUCAAACACCAGCAGAUUAGAGCAAAUUAUGCCUAACCAGCAACUACUGCACAGUGACUCCUCCCAGAGUGACACAAACAGUAAGGACUUUUGGCUGAACAUGUCUGCAUUGACGGCGUACCUCAGGAAGAGCUCUGAGCAGAAUCCUGCUGCAUCCUAUUACAACGUGGACAUCCUAAAGUACCAGGCAUGUUCAAAUGGAAUUCAGUCGACACCUCUGAACCUCGUGGUGUACUGGAAAUGUGCCCCUACUACUACAGACCUGCGAGUGGACUACCGAUACAACCCAGAGGCCAUGCAGCCCCCUGCUGUGCUCACCAACCUACAGGUGCUAGUGCCUGUCUCGGGCGGAGUCACCAACAUGCAGUCACUCCCCAACGCCAUCUGGAAUGCAGAACAGAGUAAAACAUUAUGGAAAUUGAGUGACAUCUCUGCCAAGUCUGAAAAUGAAGGAUUCGGUUCUUUGAGGGCAAAGUUUGAGCUGUCUGAUGGUCCAUCCAUCCCUGCCACCCUGGCUGUUCAGUUCUUCAGCGAGGGCAGCACUCUGUCUGGUGUAGAUAUGGAACUAGUCGGCUCCGGUUACCGGCUCUCCCUCAAUAAGAAGCGAUUCGCCAGUGGCCGCUAUAUGGCUGACUGCUGAGAUCCACUCUUAAAUGCAGGGAAUCUGGAGGUUCAUUUCUGUUCUUUCAUUAAUUCUGUCACUGGUUCUCAAUGAUAUUUAUGCAGGAUUGUUAGAGGGGAUGGAAAAAGUGGGCUGAAAAGCCUCUCAUCCUUUUUUCCUCUCUGCGUUCUGAACGAUCCAGUUCCAGUGAAGCACCUUUCUGGAGAUUCGAGAUUUUUAUACUACACGUUAACGUAGCACUGAGUAUCAAACACUGUGUACAAAGAAAAAUAAAAAAAAAAGAAAAGAAAGGAGGAAUGUCAGGAUACUGGCGAAUGAAAUCAUUAAUCUUUAAUCUUUGAUACUUUUUGAUCUAUUCAGACUUUUAUAAAGUCAGAACGGUAGUGUAUGUUAUUUUGAUAUGUAUAAUAAUUAACAAUUUGUAAUAUGAAUUAAAUGUGUAUAAACAUACAGCAUAUCUAAACAGAAAAGGACAAAAAAACACUGCACUAACAAUCUUUCUGGAUAUUUGUUGAGCAUUCAUUUCUCCACUUGUAUUCACAAUGUCAGUCAGUCAGUCACAAUGACAAUGAGGAGAACAAAAGGAGGGAAAAAAAACUAUGAAAAACAGGAGAAAAUGCCUCAGCAAUAGAUCACUUCAUGCUCACAGGAACGCCUUACUUGUCUAGAAUGCCAUGACCUUUUUAUAGCUGAGCACAUUCGUAUGCUACAUUCUGAUUGUUUCCCCCUAAUUUUUUUUUUUAUUAUUAUGAAUGUGCAAUGAAGGUAUAAGCUUUUAAUUUCAAUUACAUUUAUGGAUUGUUUUUACAGUUUAGUGCCAUUUUCACUUUAACAUUGUUAAGAGAACCUACUGGUUAGUUGUGUGUCUUGCUAAACAGCAAAAGGAAAGUAUAUACACUGACCUCAGUGCCUCUUUACUUCAAAUAAUUGCUUAUUGAAGUCUAAUUGCUUAUUGUUUUCCCCCAUUUGUUUUCCUUUUCCUUCAUUUUUGAAGUGCCAGUUCAGUUCUUUAUGCUUCCUAAUAGGAUAUUGAAGGGAAAACACUGCCUAAACUUUAGCCUUUGUCCUUCAAACAGUGCACUGCAAAGCACACUCUGUUUCCGUUAUAGAUAUCAUCCAAACGUUUUCUGUAAACUCAGGCCUUAUAGAUGGAAUAUUUAGAAAUUUAAGAAGAAAUAAUACCAAAAUACCCAGCUAAAGAAUUCACUGUGAAACUGAGAUUAUUCUAAUUACAAACACUGACGUGAGUAUUUGGAAUCCUUGUUGAUAAACAGACCAAAAUGUUUUGAAUAUUAGCAUAUUAAGGUGAAUUUUGAACGUGCACACUUUUCAGUGUAGGUUAUUAACAACAGACUACCAAAUUUUUAGGUAAAUGUAAUUUGAAGGGACACGGUAUGUUUUCACCAAAUGUGCCGUCACGUCUGUUUUUGAGUGUUUUCUGUUAAUAAUCACCUGAACAUAUUAGUUUCUUGAAAUUGCUUUGAGCAAGUUUGCCAAAUACAGAUCAAAGCACAAUGUGCCAAUGGAAGUUACGGGAAAGAUUAAAUGCAGGCAGUGUCCCAGAGUUUCCCCACUGCCACGCAUUGAUUUGAGCUCUUUUAUCUCUAAAUAUUUCAUUAGUUUUGUCCCACAGCAGUUCACCAUCUUCUUAGCAACGGCAAGAGUUUUCUCAUUUAGUCUUUAUUUGAGCUGGAAGUCAGUGGUGAGUAUUCACAGUGCUUUAAGGGGGUCUGUCCCCCAUACAAGGGCUAUUUGCCUUGUCUUCUGUGGAGGACCACAUCUCCAAGGGCUACCCCAAUCCCAGCCAUAGCAGACACCAUUUGUACCUUAAAAUGAAAAACACUAAAUACCAACAAUGAAGGAUCUAAAUGAAUCGGAAAACAAUGACGUUCUUUAGACUGGCGUCUUGUUUUCACCAGGAACUUU